GAAAAAAAGGAAGAAAGACAUAAAACGAAAGGAAGUAAGUAAGAAAGAGAAAAGAAAGGAGAGAGAAGGAGAUAGACGGAGAUAAAGAAGAGGAAGAAGAACACGAAACAACAGGAUGCUGUGGUUUUUUGUCGCCUCGAUACUGCUGGUCAAGUGCGCAGCAGCGGCAGGAGACAUUCUCAGGGGCGUCGACGUCCCCCUCUACGCCUUCGCAGGAGGUCAAGCCACCCUCAGCUGCUCGUACGACCUCAGGUCAACUCGCCUCUACUCCCUGAAGUGGUAUCACAACGGCACGGAGUUCUAUCGCUACGUGCCGACGCAGCGACAGCAAAUCAGCAUCAAACCGAGUCCCAAGUUUGCUGUGCAUGAACUGUUCCGAAGCGAUCAGCGUGUGACCCUCUCGCUGACCAAGCUCUCCGUGUCAGCCUCAGGCCAAUACAGGUGUGAGGUCAUUGCUGAGCAUCCAAGUUUCCGGACCGAAGCGUCGACUGCUACUAUGACUGUGUUGAGUAAGUACUUUGAAAAUGUGUUUUAA